AUGUCCCCCGCAAAGCCCAACUUCGGCGUCUACACGCCCCUAGUGACAUUCUUCCAAGAAGACGAAUCUCUUGACUUCCAAAGCACCUUAGCUCAUGUCAAGCGCAUGGCUGAAGGCGGAGUCGCUGGGUUGGUGCUUCAGGGAAGUAAUGGCGAAGCUCCUCAUCUGGAUCAUGCCGAACGCAAGGCUCUGGUACGCGCCGUACGCGACCAUCUCAACCAGCUGGGCUUUCCGGGACUACAGUUGAUUGUUGGCUGUGGUGCACCGAGUGUGCGAGAAACGCUGUCCUAUAUCUUUGAGUCCCGGGAGUCUGGUGCGAAUUUUGCUCUGGUGUUGCCUCCGGCGUAUUGGGUUGCCGCGAUGAAUGUGCAGGUUAUUGAAGACUUUUUCCGUGAUGUGGCCGCACAAUCAGAACUCCCAAUCUUAAUCUACAACUUCCCCGGCGUGACCGGCGGCAUCGACAUUACUUCCGACUCCAUCAUCCGCCUCGCCCAAACCACUCCAAACAUCAUCGGCUGCAAGCUAACGUGUGGCAACGUGGGGAAGCUCCAACGCAUUACCUCAGCGACUCUAACAGACUCAUUCGCCGCGUUUUCUGGGAAGUCGGACUUUUUCCUGCCCGCGCUCGUAGCCGGUUCGAAUGGGGUGAUUGCCGCACUUGCUAACAUUGUGCCCAAGGUACAUGUGGAGUUGUUGCAGCGCUAUGAGAGAGGUGAGCUUAAGGCGGCGCAGGAGUUGCAGGCUAAGCUUAGCCACGCUGACUGGGCCCUUACUAAGGUGGGCAUUGCGGGUGUCAAGGCUGUUGUGUCGCAUAAUUUCGCAUACGGCACUGGGAGGGGGCGAAGGCCACUUGGGAACAUUACUAUUGCGAGCUUGAGUCAGGAUAUCGUGGGUUCGAUUCAGGAAGUGGUUGACCUGGAAAAAGCACUAUAG